UGUCUUCUUUUAAACUAAUAAAAUUGUCUCAGCGAAUAAAAAUUCAAACUUCUCAUUGCCCGGAUGUCGAAACUGACAACUGUCCGCCAUUUAAAUUUAAUCCAACCAGUUGUCGUUUCAUCUGUGUAAUUGUGAAAUUUGAAAACUCAAUUUGAAAAAAUGAACUGCGAAAUAUGUGCUAUGAAGUUUAGGAGAUUAAAAGACGUAAUACGACACGGGGCUAGUGAGAUGCAUAUUCAAUUCUUUUGCACCCCAUGUGCAUUGUCCCUUCCCAGUGUGUUUGAGGUUGUAGAACACAUUGCAAGUAAAGAACAUUCCAUCACGGCUCUGGCCACAGGUGUUCGUUUUGAUACAAUAGAUAGAUCUGAUUUUAUGAGCGCUUCCUUUCCCCCGCAUAAUUUAUGUCUGUUAUGUGGUUCUCGGGAUGGUACUCCAAAUAAUAACCAUUUGAAAACUGAUACCCAUAGAUAUAUGGCAUGGCUUUUGAGAACCAUGAUCACAAGUAAAAAGAUAUAUAAUUCUAAUUGGCGGGAUAGUUACAGUACUAGAUCAUUCAUAUGCAAAAUGAUCAAUGCAAAGCGUAAUACUCCUCUUGAUGACACAAGAUCCUUUUAUAUCUGUUCUUCACGAUUCGUUUGUGAACUGUGUAAUCUUCAUUUCCUUAAACAGGAAUAUCUCAAUGAGCACUUAGCAGAUCAAAGUCAUAUUAGAGUGGAGCAGUUUAUGAUGAAAAUAUCCCGUAUAGCAAAACGAAUCGAUGUUAUUGGAGCUGGAUCCGAUAUGAAUGCCACAAAAACGUUUAAUCGUUCACUCAGACCGUUAUAUUAUUGUGAAGUGUGCUGUAUGUGGAUUGAUACACAUUUUAAUUACAUUCAGCAUAGGAAAAGUAUUAAGCAUGAGAACGCUAGGUCACUUUUGAAACAAUCCAAAAAGAAGAAAACGGGUGAUAGUACGAUGGAUCGUGUUGUUACUGACCAUUAUUCAAAAUCUGUAACUGGAAAGCAUGGUCAGCACUCUGUGGGUAAAGAACUAGUAACGAUCAAGCAACACUCUCGGAAAAAUAAGAAUGACGUCAGUGAUUGUUGUGGUGAAAAAGCUUCUAAGAAGUUAAAAAAUUCUCAAUCACAUUCGAAGGACCAUUACUCUUCGGAGUGUGCAAAACGUAAAGAGAUAAUGAACGAGAUGGAGAAGGGGGAGGAUAAUUUUCGUGGCCAAGCUCGUGAAACUAUUUAUAAAAACUCUUCCUCUCUUGAUUCUGUAGUCUGUGAAACUGAAAGUCAUUUUCAAAAACAUUCAUUAAAAGCUUGUGUUGCUACGAGUUCUUCCCUUCAGCUUGGUAGUGAAACUGAUGAAAAUCCUCCUCGAUCGGAAAAUAAUCUUCGUGGCCAAGCUCUAGAAACUAUUUGUAAAGUCCCUUACGCUCUUGAUAUUGAAGUCAGUGAUAAUUUGAGGGUUGAUAAUUUUCAUAAACAUCCACUUAAAGCUUGUGGUGCUACGAGAAGUUCUUCCCUAGAGUUUGGUGCUGAAACUAGUGAAACUGAUGAAAAUCCUCCUCUUCGAUCGGAGGAUAAUCCUCGUGGCCAAGCUCUAGAAACUAUUUGUAAAGUCCCUUCCACUCUUGACAUUGAAGUCAGUGAAACUGAAUAUCAUUUCCAAAAACAUGCACUUAAAGCUUGUGGUGCUAAGAAAAGUUCUUCCCUACAGCUUGGUGCUGAAACUGAUGAAAAUCCUCUUCGAUCGGAGGAUAAUCUUCGUGGCCAAGCUCUAGAAACUAUUUGUAAAGUCCCUUCCACUCUUGAUAGUGAAGUCAGUAAAACUGAAUAUCAUUACCAAAAACAUGCAAUUAACGCUUGUGGUGCUACGAGAAGUUCUUCCCUACAGCUUUGUGCUGAAACUAGUGAAACUGAUGAAAAUCCUCCUCUUCGAUCGGAGGAUAAUCUCCUUGACAAAAUUCUAGAAACUAUUUGUAAAGUCCCUUCCACUCUUGAUAUUGAAGUCAGUGUAUCAUUUCCAAAUAUGAAGUCUGAAUAUCAUUUCCAAAAACAUGCAAUUAACGCUUGUGAUGCUACGAGAAGUUCCUCCCUACAGCUUUGUGCUGAAACUGAUGAAAAUCCUCCUCUUCGACCGGAGGAUAAUCUCCGUGACCAAGCUCUAGAAACUAUUUGUAAAGUCCCUUCCACUCUUGAUAUUGAAGUCAGUGAAACUGAAAAUCAUUUUCAAAAACAUGCACUUGAAAUUUGUCCAACUACGCUAAGUGUUGAAACUAGUGAAGCUGCUAAAAAUUCCCCUUCUCGGUUGGAAGACGGUAAAAUAGUUAGCCUCCGACUUAGUGUUGAAGACAGGGAUGAUGAUUUGUGUGAAGAACACUACUGUGAGUUAUGUGAUUUUCUAUGCUACAGCUCCAUGCAUUAUGACCAGCACUUGAUAGGGGAGCGACAUAAAAGAAUGAGAAGGUUGAUAAACAAGAAGGUGGGCUUCGAGACAAAGGAAUUAGAAACAUACGGCAAUUCACAUCCACAGCAAUACAACUGUGAAUUAUGUGACAUUUUUAAUCAUAGCUCUGAAGAAUAUGAAUUUCACUUGAAUAGUGCAAUACACAAGAAAAACAAAUGGUUGUUGUAUGUUUUGAGGCAGAGGCCUGUUUCAGUUGCUGUAAUGCGUUACUAAUUAACUUUUUUUGUCACGUCUGAAAAAUUUCUGAUAUGUUUAAAAUUACAAUUUAACUUCGAUUUUCAUCAAGUGCGUAAAAAUUAUUCGAAUUGAAUAACAGGCUUGAAAUUAAAUUAUUCUAGUUGAAUAAUAGCAAUGAUACAUUAAAAUAAGAUUAUUGCAGCAA